ACUGUCCCUUUCCCUCACUACCAGUCACUUCCCAACUGGAUCUCUAGACAGAAGCAACCACAUGCCUAAUCACAAAUAUUGAUGGUUUUCCAUAAAUCUCGUUUAAGGACUAGAACAUACUCUGCACCGGCUAAAGACGGGAGAAAUCAAUCUGAGGGGACAAGAAGGGACAGAUUUUCGGAUUAUCACUGUCAUUUCCACUCUGAACUGGUUAUUGAAUAAUCUCCAUCCAGUGGUUGGUUCUUCAUAGUCUUCUGGAUGAAUGAGUGGGUGGGAACGGACGUCAAUGUGGUGGGGCCACUACAGAUCCCGCCAAACGAUGGAUUCUCCUUAUCUGAGAGCUCUCAGUUCUUUGAUAUUCUGGCCGAGCAGGGGAGUCCACUGCUUCAAGAUCAGGAGGGCUUGCCCUUCACCAGCUAUCCCAGCAUGCAAUACUCUGGUGUGGAGCCCUCCAUGUCUUCUCCUUCAUAUUACUCCAGUCAGAACUACUACCCCCAGUACAGCGGAGAGGAAUGGUACUCCUCGGCCCCCAUGUUUGAGAUGCGGAAAGGGCACAUCGAAGGCAGUUUUGACACUGAAAUGGAGGAGCCUUCAGUUGUGGUGCCCACAGUGUGCAAGAGGAGCAGGCAUGCCCCCCAAGCUGGUCGAAUCAAAGGGGAGGAACUAUGUGUGGUUUGUGGAGACAAAGCUUCCGGGUACCACUACAAUGCACUUACCUGUGAAGGAUGUAAAGGCUUCUUCAGGCGAAGCAUAACAAAAAAUGCUGUAUAUAAGUGUAAAAGUGGCGGGAACUGUGAGAUGGACAUGUAUAUGCGCAGGAAGUGCCAAGAGUGUCGACUAAGGAAGUGUAAAGAAAUGGGCAUGCUAGCCGAGUGUUUGCUAACAGAGAUCCAAUGCAAGUCCAAAAGACUAAGGAAAAACACCAAAGCCUCGCCUGAGGAAUCCACUGGUGAUGACGUAGAGAUAGGAGAUAGUGGAGAUGUCAAACAGGUCACCUCCACAACUAAACUCUCAAAGGAGAAAAUUGAAUUGAGUCAAGACCAGAAGUCUCUCCUGAAUUUUAUUGUGGAUGCUUACAACAAACAUCGUAUUCCUCAAGAUAUGGCUAAGAAACUGCUGCAGGAGCAGUUUAGCACAGAGGAGAACUUCCUUUUACUGACAGAGAUGGCGACAACUCAUGUUCAAGUGCUGGUUGAGUUCACCAAAAACAUCCCAGGUUUCCAGACCCUAGACCACGAAGAUCAGAUAGCUCUACUGAAGGGCUCAGCCGUGGAGGCCAUGUUCCUUCGCUCGGCCCAGGUCUUCACCAAAAAACUUCCCCACGGGCACACGGAAGUGCUGGAGGACAGGAUCAGAAAGAGUGGGAUAUCGGAGGAGUUUAUCACCCCCAUGUUUAACUUCUACAAAAGCAUCAGAGAACUGCAGAUGUUACAGGAGGAGCAUGCCCUCCUCACCGCUAUCACCAUUCUCUCCCCAGACCGGCCAUACGUGAGGGACCAGCAGGCUGUGGAGCAGCUUCAGGAGCAGAUGCUGGAGGUUCUGAGGAAGUUCUGUAAGCUUCAGCACCCUCAGGAACCUCAGCACUUUGCCCGUCUGUUGGGCCGCCUGACGGAACUACGAACCCUCAACCACCAUCAUGCUGAGAUGCUCACGUCCUGGCGCAUGAGCGACCACAAAUUCACACCUCUACUGUGUGAGAUCUGGGAUGUGCAGUGAGUGAUGUGCACCCAAAGACUGAAAGACAGAGAGAGAAAGAGAAUAACAGGGAAAAGAGAGAGAGAAAAAAAGGGGGGGGGGGGUAUGCGAUAAAACUUACCAUAUGUCUCAAAGACAGAUUAACACACUAGGAAAGGGAAAGGCAUAAUUUCUUUUUUUUGUUCUUUUUUAGACAAUUGUGAUUUAAUAUGAUAUGAGUUUAAUAAGGGUUUGUGACUUGUGUAAACUGCCAAACUAUUCCAAAACUGACUGAGAUUACUGGCAAUUAUAUUUAACUUGUAAAUAGAUGCAAAAAAAACAAUGAAAUAGAUUGAGAUUCAAAUAAACCUGUCAUCAGGAUAUAGUUAUUACUGAAGUUUAUGGCUUAUUAAACAUGUUUACGUAAAUGUACAUUUUCUUUUUUACAUACUGUGUCCAGUGUUUGAUUUUUUGAAUUCAAUGAAUGUUUGGAAACCUUGUAUAAAAAUUAUUGUAUAAAAAUUCUUCUCAUCUUUUCAGGUUUCAUACUAGUUCACUCAUCUGUGUGGGCCCUUGCUAGUUCAUUUACAAACUAUAACUAGAACUAUAUUUUACUAUAAACAAUCGUAUUUAAUCUGCCUAUGUAACUGAGAUUUUUCAUAGCUGGUCUUCUCUACAGAGUAAACAUGGAGUGUUGCAUGCGUUUACUAAAAUGCCAUCACUCUUGUUUUAUCGUCAGUAUUACACGCACGUAACAUUCAACGUGAUUCUCCCUUCUACUCCAACUCCAGCCCUGCCCUGGCUCUCCACUGUACUCUGGUUAAUCCACCCCCCC